AGAUCUGUCUCUUUAUCUGUGGCCACACACACACUAACAAGUCCCACCCACAUACACGCACAAGGAAAAGAAAGAAACGAAACUAAACUGUUUGUAGAGUCCCUUUAACACUGAGCUACUUGUUCUCCAUGCAAAUGGCAAACGAACAGGACUCACGCGUGUGCUCGGUUUGCCUCCAGGACCUGAAGGAAAACAGCUGCCCUCAGUGUAAAUAUUCUUCAUGCGAGGAAGAUCUGGAAAAAAACGAGGCUUCAGUUUCAGAUCUGGAAGAGUAUGAUGCUCCAGCUGCUGAUCCAGAAGACUACAAUGCUCCCAGUGCAGAUCUGGAUGGUUCUGGUGCUUCUGUAUCAGAUCAGGAUAAGUCUGUUGGUUGUCUUACAGAGGCACUGGAGAGGACUGGACUUCAGACGGUACAAGCUGAGGGCGUGGAGUGCGACCCUUGCAGUGAUCGGAAAGAGAAAGCCAUCAAAACAUGUCUGGUAUGUUUGGCUUCUUACUGUGAAACUCACCUCAGGUUGCACAAUGAACUGAAUGCAGAGAAAGCACACUUAUUGGUGGACGUCACUGGAGAACUCCAAAAUAAGACGUGUGCCCAACAUCAUAAGCUCUUGGAGGUUUACUGCCGCACUGACGGCCGGUGUAUCUGCUGCCUCUGCAUGCUGGACACCAACCACAAAGGACAUGACAUGGUCUCGGCUGCUGCAGAACGAGCUGAGAAACAGAGGCAGCUGGAAAAGUCCAAGCAGGUGGUUACAGAUCGAGAGACUGAGAUGAAGGAAAUCCAAAAGGCAUCACGCUGCAUCAGGAACCUGACUCAAGCUACGGAGGAAGAAGGUGACAGGAUCUUCACCGAACUGCUCAGUUUUAUACAGAGAAGCCACACAGAGAUGAUUACGCUGGUCCAAAGUCAGAUGACCACAGAGUUAAACCGGAUUCAGGGACAUUUGGAAGAUCUGGAACAGGAGAUCUCAAAGUUAAAGAGAAAGCACUCUGAGGUGGAGCAGCUUUCACAUACUGAUGAUCACAUCUAUUUCCUCCAGGAGGUCCAGUCCCACUGGCCGACUUCUAAUGACCUCCAAAGUCUGACAACUAAUCCACAGUUCUCUUUUGGAGAAGUGAUCAAGUCCCUCACCUCAUUAACAGCACAUAUAAAGGACAUUUGGAGUCUGGAAACAACCAGGAUAUUCUCAGCAGUGACUGCAGAAAAGAUCCUACUGCCACAAGUACCCAAGACAAGAAAGGACUUUAAACAGUUUCUGGUUCCCUUGAGUCUGGACCCAAACACGGCCCACAGGAACCUUCUGUUAACUGAACAGAACCAGGCUGUGGCUUGCAGUAUUGAGCCCCAGUCAUACCCAGAACAUCCGGAACGCUUCGAGUGGUGGGCCCAGGUGCUGAGCAAGGAAGGUCUGACCGGUCGCUGCUACUGGGAGGUGGCCUGGAGCGGACAGUACGGCAUCGACCUUGCAGUGUCCUACAAAGACAUCAGCAGAACCGGGCAAGGAGACGACAGCGGCUUUGGGUACAACAGGCACUCCUGGAGUCUGGACUGUUCCGUAUUCAGAUACGCACUAGUGCACAACAACGAUGAGACGGCGAUCGGUGCCCCCCUGUCCCACCGGAUCGGGGUGUAUCUGGACCACCGGGCAGGACAGCUGUCCUUCUACAGUGUCUCAGAUCCCAUGAUCCUCCUUCACAGAGUCCAGACCAGGUUCACUCAACCUCUUCAUCCAGGAUUCGGGCUCUUUCAGGGAUCCACUGCGAAGUUCUGCGAGCCGCAAGAAAGCGGAUCGGCGCAAGUAGUGGACAGACCCAAGAAUGACAAAACAUGUAUAAAACGCUUAAGAGCAGACACGACGAGAAACAAACAUCGAAGAUGUGGAAAACGAGGUGCAACCAGUCAUAAAUAAAAAGAGUAUCAUAUGGGAGAUUAUCAGUAGUGCAGAAAUCAAAAUCAAUUUCUUUUUUAGUAUCUUCAUUGCUUUAGGGAUUUAUAUUAAGGUACUGCUCUCGUGUUCGGAUUUAAAUUAGUUUUACAUUUCAUUUAUGUCAUUUAAGGCAAAAAUGCAUUGGCUUCUCAUAUGAGACUGCCUCGGAAACUUACAUGCGUGUCUUUUCUCCCUACGAAGCAUCACAUGGCUUGGAAUAUAACAUCAUAAGGACACUUGUAUAUCACUUUUAUGCUCGUUUCAUCCAUUUUGGAACUUGAUAACCCUCAAUAAAGACUUCAACACAGACAAAUGUUAUCUCAAGGUGCUUUUAAUGGUCAGCUAAUGAACUCAAAAGAAACAGAUCAUGCAGCAAAAAAAAAAAAAAAAAGAAAAAUCAGAAGAAUGAGUGAAGAAUUAACGAGUAUAAUAUACCCAGGACUUAAUACAGUUCACAAACCACGUUUUUAACCAACCAGUGCUUUUGUGAAAAUGCUAAUUUGACCCGGUCGCCAGAUAUUUAGUCACAGAUGAUGUUUCGCUCAAUGCAGCUAAACAAAAAAUAUCUGCAACUAUAAUCCGCCGGUUAUCCAGCAUCAGGUUAUUAUAAACACAAUAAAACAGCUUGUGGUUGAUACAUGGUUGUUUUCCGAAACACCUGCGUCAUUUGACAAACUGCAAGCUCAUUAACUUAUCUGGAGUAUUUUCCUAUUCACGAACUUCGAGUAGGGGAACCAAAGCAGCAAAGAUGUUAACAUCACACCUAAAGUAAUGGUAAAGCCACCUAAAGGCAGAUCGGAGCUCGAGGCGCUAAAGACUCUAAACGCGCCUGGGUGAAAUACUCAAAAACCAAAAAAAAAUAAAAAUCUACACAAUGUUGAACUAGCAUCUUAAAGCACUCAAACUUCAUCCCAUGUGAGCAGGAAGGAGACCGUGGGCAAUUGAAUUAUUUACAAAUAUACAUCAUUCAGUUCCUUCACAAAACCUCAGAAAUCGCAACGAAGGUGAUUGGUUUACGAAUGCCGAAUUUCUUUUAUUUGAAGCGUUUUUUUGGUUUUAGGGAAAUAAAUUGCGUCGAAGACCAUCCUGAACCAAUUUCCCGGUUAAAGUGCACAUGGAUGAGAGACGAGAGAGGGACACGGGGCGAGAGGUGGAGGGGGGAAAGAGACCGAUACAGGGACAAGAGCGUCACUCUCCGGAUCGACAGCAAGCCCUGAAGCCGCACUGAAGAUUCUGACAUCCGCUGGCCUUGUCGGCAUGAGGACCUGCGGAGGCACAGAGAAGCUCCCGUUAAACAAGCCUCAAAACCAAGAGACGAAGCUUCGAUGUGCUGGAACGAAACGGGAUUUUCCAAGCGGAGAAAGUCUAGAGCUGUGCUCCAGAAGAAAAACAGAAAACAUGCUAAUUGUAGAUCGUAAAACACAACUAGCCUAUGAGCGGUUACACGUUAUGUUAGAUAAAGACACCCUUUACUUACCAAAACGCCGUCAUACUUGGACUUCAUACGAGGAAUUGUGAGCAUUACAGUCAUUUACAUUAGCAGACUUGUUUUUAUAUAAUCACAGCAUACAUUACAUUCAUUUAAAUAGACAUUCCCAACUGUUUUUGCCAGCCAAACACCUUUAUGCUAAAAUAUUUAGAGAUUUUGUGUGUUUUAUAUAUAUAUAUAUAUAUAUAUAUAUAUAUAUAUAUAUA